GCUUUCGCCGCCGCCGCCGCCGCCGUCGUCGUCGUCGACUGGGUCCGCACACUCGCUCGCGUCCGUGCGGCCGACCCACGCACUGAGCUGCGAUCCUUCCCCGCUUCCCGCCGCAGCUCGGAGAGAUGUUCAAGCUCCGACUGCACCCGCAUUCCCAAAAAGUGGCUGGUCUUGCGGUUGAGCAUCUCGCCGCUCUUCCGUGCGGCGGGGCGCCCCGGGCUCCCGCCGCCUCGGUUCCAGGACAGCCAGCGCUCGGUCUGCGGCUACCAAGCCCGGGCCCGUUCGCCUCGCUCCGGCCAAUCUACGCGCGGAGAGGCGCGGCGGGGCGAAUCCGUGGGGCCGUCUCCCUCCGUCUCAACGGCGACGGUUGCCAAGGGGGCUUGUGAGGGAAGGAAGGCGGAAAGCGCAGGCUCACGCCAGUGGGUGCGAAGAGAACGCGCAGAUACGUAAGAAGUUGCGAGUGCCCACCUGGGCGCCCUCUCUUCCAAGUUGCUAAUACGAGGGCCGGCGCUGUCCUCCAGGCUGGGAAGUGCGAGCGCGGUGUCAGUUACUAUGGGAACUGCCUCUUGGCCAAUCACCGAGAGAAAGAGGAGGUGUUUGGGAAGAAGCGAGAGGACCCGAGUGGCGGGACCAAGCGUAACUAAUAGAAGCAGAAGAUAAAGAAGUUUCCUCACAUCCGGGGCUGCCUUUGGCGCCUGCGCCCUGCGCACCGUUGGGGGGGGCCAGUGACGUCCAGUGACGUCCGGUGAAAUCCAAGAUGGCGGCGCUAGGCUGACCCUGCUGCUGGUGACGGAAGUACCGCCUCCUCCCGUCUGACGCCCCUCAGGGGACCCUGCGCCGCUCCAGCCGCCGCGGCCAUGUCUGGGCCAAGCAACAAACGCGCCGCCGGCGACGGGGGCUCAGGGCCCCCGGAGAAGAAGCUAAGUCGUGAGGAGAAGACCACCACGACUCUUAUCGAGCCCAUUCGUCUUGGAGGCAUCUCUUCCACGGAGGAGAUGGACCUGAAGGUACUACAGUUCAAGAACAAGAAACUGGCAGAGCGGCUGGAACAACGGCAGGCUUGUGAAGAUGAACUCCGAGAACGAAUUGAGAAGUUGGAGAAGCGGCAGGCCACAGAUGAUGCCACACUCCUCAUCGUCAAUCGCUACUGGGCCCAGCUGGAUGAAACUGUGGAAGCCCUUCUCCGAUGCCAUGAGAGCCAGGGGGAGCUGUCUUCAGCGCCUGAGGCACCUGGGACCCAGGAGGGGCCAACAUGUGAUGGGACUCCUCUCCCAGAGCCGGGGACAUCAGAGCUGAGGGACCCCUUGCCGAUGCAGCUGCGGCCCCCUCUCAGUGAGCCGGCCUUGGCUUUUGUGGUGGCACUGGGUGCCAGCAGCAGUGAGGAGGUGGAGCUGGAGCUGCAAGGCCGAAUGGAGUUCUCCAAGGCAGCUGUGUCUCGUGUGGUAGAGGCCUCAGACCGCCUACAGCGCCGGGUGGAGGAACUCUGUCAGCGAGUGUACAGCCGAGGGGACAGUGAGCCCCUCAGUGAGGCGGCUCGGGCACGCACCCGAGAGCUGGGCCGUGAGAACCGGCGACUGCAGGACUUGGCCACUCAGCUGCAGGAAAAACACCACCGCAUCUCGUUGGAGUACUCCGAGCUCCAAGAUAAAGUGACAUCGGCAGAGACCAAGGUGCUGGAGAUGGAGACAACAGUGGAGGACUUGCAGUGGGACAUCGAGAAGCUGCGGAAGCGAGAGCAAAAGCUCAAUAAGCACCUGGCAGAGGCCUUAGAGCAGCUUAACUCUGGCUACUAUGUAUCUGGGAGCUCCUCAGGCUUCCAGGGGGGCCAGAUCACACUCAGCAUGCAGAAGUUUGAGAUGCUGAAUGCAGAGUUAGAGGAAAACCAGGAAUUGGCCAACAGCCGCAUGGCAGAGCUGGAGAAACUGCAGGCCGAACUUCAGGGGGCUGUGCGGACAAAUGAGCGCCUCAAGGUGGCCCUGCGGAGCCUUCCUGAGGAGGUAGUGCGGGAGACGGGAGAGUACCGCAUGCUGCAGGCCCAAUUCUCACUGCUCUACAACGAGUCUCUGCAAGUGAAGACCCAGCUAGACGAGGCUCGGGGCCUGCUGCUGGCCACCAAGAACUCCCAUCUGCGACACAUCGAGCACAUGGAGAGCGACGAGCUGGGGCUGCAGAAGAAGCUGCGCACAGAGGUCAUUCAGCUGGAGGACACACUGGCCCAGGUACGCAAGGAGUAUGAGAUGCUGCGCAUCGAGUUUGAGCAGAAUCUGGCGGCCAACGAGCAGGCGGGGCCCAUCAACCGUGAGAUGCGCCACCUGAUUAGUAGUCUUCAAAACCACAACCACCAGCUAAAAGGGGACGCCCAGCGAUACAAGCGGAAGCUUCGAGAAGUACAAGCUGAGAUUGGCAAGCUCCGGGCCCAGGCCAGUGGCUCUACCCACUCCACCCCCAACCUGGGCCACCCAGAGGAUUCUGGCCUCAGUGCCCCAGCCCCAGGGAAAGAGGAGGGUGGGCCAGGCCCUGUCAGUACCCCCGACAGCAGAAAGGAGAUGGCUCCAGUGCCUGGCACCACCACUACUACCACUUCAGUGAAGAAGGAGGAGCUGGUCCCCUCUGAAGAGGAUGUCCAGGGCUUAACCCCUGGGGCCCAGGGCCCUUCCUCCCGGGGCCGAGAACCUGAGGCCAGGCCCAAGCGGGAGCUUCGGGAACGAGAAGGUCCCAGCCUCGGACCUCCACCUGUAGCCUCCGCUCUCUCAAGGGCUGAUCGGGAGAAGGCCAAGGUGGAAGAAGCCAAGCGGAAGGAAUCAGAACUCCUCAAGGGUCUCCGAGCAGAGCUCAAGAAGGCCCAGGAGAGCCAGAAGGAGAUGAAACUGCUGCUGGAUAUGUACAAGUCAGCGCCCAAGGAGCAGCGGGAUAAGGUGCAGCUCAUGGCAGCGGAACGCAAGGCCAAGGCCGAGGUUGAUGAGCUGCGGAGCCGUAUCCGGGAAUUGGAGGAGAGGGAUCGAAGGGAGAGCAAGAAGAUCGCGGAUGAGGAUGCCCUGCGGCGCAUUCGGCAGGCAGAGGAGCAGAUAGAACACCUGCAGCGCAAGCUGGGUGCUACCAAGCAGGAGGAGGAGGCUCUGCUCUCAGAGAUGGAUGUGACAGGUCAGGCUUUUGAGGACAUGCAGGAACAGAACGGGCGCCUGCUACAGCAGUUGCGGGAAAAGGAUGACGCCAACUUUAAGCUAAUGUCAGAGCGGAUCAAGGCCAACCAGAUUCACAAGCUGCUGCGGGAGGAGAAGGAUGAGUUGGGCGAGCAGGUCCUUGGCCUCAAGUCCCAGGUGGAUGCCCAGCUGCUGACUGUGCAGAAGCUGGAGGAGAAGGAACGGGCCUUGCAGGGCAGCCUCGGGGGUGUGGAGAAGGAGCUGACGCUGCGCAGCCAAGCCCUGGAGCUCAACAAGCGGAAGGCUGUAGAAGCCGCCCAGCUGGCCGAGGACUUGAAAGUGCAGCUGGAGCAUGUGCAGACUCGGCUGCGGGAGAUCCAGCCCUGCCUGGCAGAGAGCCGGGCUGCUCGUGAGAAAGAGAGCUUCAACCUCAAGAGGGCUCAGGAGGACAUCUCACGGCUGCGGCGCAAGCUGGAAAAGCAGAGGAAGGUGGAGGUCUACGCGGAUGCCGACGAAAUCCUCCAGGAGGAGAUCAAGGAGUACAAGGCGCGGUUGACCUGCCCCUGCUGUAACACCCGCAAGAAGGAUGCAGUCCUUACCAAGUGCUUCCACGUUUUCUGCUUCGAGUGCGUGCGGGGCCGCUAUGAGGCCCGCCAGAGGAAGUGCCCCAAGUGCAACGCGGCCUUUGGUGCCCACGACUUCCAUCGUAUCUACAUCAGCUGAACCUGAAACUCAGGGGACUCUGGAACACCAUGGACCCUGGGGGCUGUGCCCCCAGCCCCUCCCCACCCCAGGUCUAGUGGCCCCACCCUCCAUUCCGGACCCCAUGGGCCCAGCCCCUGCCCAUCUAGUUGGUUUGGGGACCCUGGUGCAUGCUAGUGGGCGUGGGAUCAGCCAAGCUUCGUUCCAUCUUUUCCUAAAGGUCAGAGCUGCAGCCUAGGGGGCACUGCCCUACAGAAAAGUUCUGCCUGAGAGGCCUGAGGAGCCCAGAGCACUCGACUGAGCUUCCCGGAAACUGGCCCUAACCUGUCUGUCUCCAUGGAUGCAUCUUAACCCUAAGGAAAAUUCCCCAGGCUGUGAUCUCCUACCCUAGGAAAGGCUCGCUCCCUGCCUACUGGCUCACAAAUGAGGACCAGUCCUUGUUCCUUGUUUGAGACUGGGCUGCAGGCCCCAGGAAGACUUUCCUUCACCCACCAUCCCCCUAACCUUGGCAGGGCUUCUGUCCUGUGGAGUUCCUUGGACACCUUGGUCUGGCUCUUGUGCCAAGGGCUGAAGGAGGUACCCUCUUGGCAGAUGGGGGCAUCACUCGCUUCCUUUGGGAAGCUCUAAGGUUGCUGCAGUCACCUUCCUCAUCUUGCAGGUGCUGAACCAACAUCAUCAGUUUCUAUUCUAAUCAGGCCCCUUCCCAAUCUCCACUUCUCUCCCAAGCCCAUUUACCCCCACCUCAUGCAUCCCAAGGCUCUACUGGGUCCCUGGACCUAACCCUGCUUUCAUCCUGGUGGCCUUAACUACAGUGGAGGUGGAACUUCCCAGGAGGGGAAGGGACAGACCAGCCCCAGCCGCUGGGCCAACUUCCAAUCAUUCCAGCUAGAAGAGCUUCCCCCUGACACCCUGUGACUGAGCCUGUGUCCUGUCUGCCUGCCCAGCCAUGCUCCAUCGGCUGUGAGGGCAGCGCCUGGAGAGGCCAGAGGGUUGGAACUGCAGGGGCCCGUUUGGACCCACAGCCUCUGCUCUAGAGAUGCUUGUAUAGGCUGUUAAUUGUGAUGAAUAAACGUUCAACCCUCGGCCUGUAGCCAGAGUAGACAGGCCUCGCACCCCAAA